GAGAGUUUCCCUGUUUGUCAGGAAUCGUUGUCCUGCCGUGAAGAUAAGCUCACCGGGCCGUUUCCGUUCCGGCAGUUUCCCGUUCAGGAACGUCCCAGUAGGUCAUCAAUCUGCAUUGUCGUCACAUUUCCAUCUGUUUCCCCGUUUCGUUAAUGUCACAGAUAAAAGUCAACACAUGGUGACAGAGUCAUUAGCGCUGAAGUAUGAGGAAUUGCAGAGACGUUUAUCACUUUUAUUGGGCAAUAAAUCCUGAGCGCAGCGACAGAGAUGUGGGGCUGGUUAUACUUUAACCUGUAGCCACUCCUGUAGAGACUGAGCUUCCUGUGCUGACCGGACCAGGAACCCGUCUCUGUCUGCUGCUCCUGCAGAGGUACGACCAGAUGGACAAUAAACUUGGUUUCCAUGACAACAUCCUGAGUCGCUUGUUAAAGACAAGAGACAAACAAAGGGACGUUCUCGUUUUAAAUGUGCUGUUGCUAGGAGACAGGCAGAGUGGGCGGAGCUCCGUGGGGAACGCUCUCAUUGGCGGGGACGAAUUUCAGACAGGAACCUGCGUUUCUGGCGUUUCCAUGACGACAGAGCUCCGGGUCCUGAGCAGGAAGUUUCCCGCGUAUUUCAGGAGGCAGGGGGCGGAGUCUGACCUGGUGCUCAGAGUUUUGGACACGCCCCCCGUGAAGCUCCGCCCACAGAGCCUGCAGGAGCUCUGCCCCGGCGGCGUUCACGUGUUGGUGGUCGUCAUUAGAGUCGAUCAGCUGAGCGAAAACUCACCGCUGCUGAGCCACACAGAGAGUCUCUUCGGUCCAGACUGGCGUCGUCACGCCAUGCUCGUUUUCACACACGCUGAUCAGCUGGAGAAGGCGGGGCUUCAGCCGCCUGCUUUCCUGACCCAGAGCUCUGAUUGGCUGAGCUCUCUGGCUGAAGAGGUUGGAGGCGGGGUUUCGUUUUUGGACAACAGCUGUGAUUGGCCAUCAAUCAGAGGCCGCCCAAUAAGGGAUCAACUGCUCCGCCUCUCAGCGAAGAACCAUCACAAAGCUCUGCAAUUUAGGUCAGACCAAUCACUCUGACACAAUUGUGAGGACUAAAACCAUCAAUGCUAAUGUGGGUUUUAGUUCUGUAACAACAAAUGUCAUAAUUAUUGCGAUAUAUGAUAAUAUUGGGGGGGUUAGACCAUUUUAGAGUAGAGUAGUAUUUAGAAAGACCAAUAAACUUUAAUUUUGUAAAGAACACUCAACACUGAAACUGGAAGAUAUUUUAAAUAUAAAAGUUAAAUUUCACUGCUAAAACAUGAAUAU